CCGACGACCUUCAGACUCAUAAAAACAUAAAAAUGUUAAAAGUUUUCUGUCGCUCCUUGAACAAAGUGUCACUCAGUUUCCCAGACAGAAGGUGCCAUGUUGUGCUGUUUUUAAUACUAAAAGAUGGCAAGCAGUGAGAUGACAGCAGUGGAGGGCUGGUGUCCGUCCCAGUUAAAGAUCGUCCUUCUGGGCGGCAGGAACUCAGGGAAGAGCUCCUUAGGAAAUCUUCUCCUGGGCAAAGAAGAGUUUGCCACCAAGGAGAGGACGUCCUGCUCCAGGAGGGUUUCCCUGGUGAGCAGAUGCUGGCUGAUGGUGGUGGACACCCCCGGCUGGUGGUGCGACUUUACUGCAGAAGAGACCACACGGCUUGUGAGGAGGGAGAUCCAGGCGAGCGUCCCCCUUUGCUCCCCAGGCCCGCACGUCUUCCUGAUCGCGGUCAAGUCCAGCUCGGACUUCACUGAGAGGCGUCGCCGGGCCCUGGAGGAGCAUGUGGGUCUCCUGGGGGAGCGGGUGUGGAGUCACUGUCUGGUGGUCUUCACCUCGACGGACAAGGGGGCCCAGGAGGUCCCGGAGGGGGUGGCGGUACGCUGGCUAAUGAGCAAGUGUGGGCAGAGAUGUCUCAGCUUGAGCGGUGGACAUGAAGCCUCGGAGCUGGUGGAGAACAUCCAGACACUGGUCGCUGAAAAUGGAAACCGAGUGUUUGAACUGACGGAGAGCGUCUGCAGGAACAUCGUGGAGGAGAAGACGCGCGUGGAGGAGGCGGCUCACGCCAGGCUUCUGAUGAUGAAGACUCAGAGAUCCAUGAUGAAAGAGCGGGUGCGCCCUCUCACUGAUGUCAGGAUUGUGCUGCUUGGAGCCAAAGGUUCCGGAAAGACGUCAGCUCUCAACACCAUCCUGGGCCGGGAGGACCGGUCAUUCGGGAGAACAUCCAGCUGUGCGGUAGGAAGAGGUGUGGUGUUCGGGAGACAGGUGACGGUGGUGGACACCCCUGGCUGGUGGAUGAACUACUUCAGCGACGAGACCGCCAUCUUCGAUAGGAGACAAAUCCAGCUCAGUCCGUCCUUGUGUCCUCCCGGUCCUCACGCCUUCCUGCUGGUGAUCCGCGUGGACCGGGCCUUCUCUGAGACCUACAGGAGGGCGGUGAAGGAGCACCUGGAGCUGCUGGGUGGGAACAUCUGGAGUCGGGUCAUGGUGCUGUUCAGCUUCGGAGACUGGCUGGGGGGCGCGACCACUGAGCGGCACAUCGAGAGCGAAGGUGAGCCCCUGCGCUGGCUGGUGCACCGCUGCGGGAACCGCUACCACGUUCUCAACAGCAGGACCCGAGGAGACGGCUUCCAAGUGAGGGAGCUGGUGGGGAAGAUUGAGGAGAUGGUGGCGGCCUGCGGUGGUCGGCAUCACAAGGUUGACAGGACAGACGUGGACGAGCUGGAGAGGACAAUGAGCGCUGAGGCGACGAGAGCCAAGGACAGACGGAUGAGGAAGGAGCGGCAGAGGAGGGCGGCCGGCAUGCAACUUGAGAAGCGCCGCCCCCUCACAGAAGUGACACUGCUGCUGGUUAGCGGCAAGAAAACAGGCAAGAGCUGCUGUGGAAACACCAUCCUGGACAGAGACUGCUUCCCCGCCCACCGCCACACCACUUCCUGCGCCAUGGAACGAGGCAGGAUAGGCGACAGGGCAGUGACGGUGCUGGACACGCCCGCAGGCUUCUGCGUCACCUCUGACUUCCUGAGGACAUCGUGUGCCGUGCUGCUGGUGGUCAACGCCAGCUCCUCGUUCUCCGAGAGCCAAGGAGCCGCCCUGGAGGCUCAGCUGAAGGGGGGCGGGGACUCGGCUUGGCGCAGAGCUCUGGUCCUGUUCAGUCACGGCGACUGGCUGGGUGACACCGGCAUCGAACAACGCAUCGAGAGCGAGGGAGCGGCCCUGCGGAGACUUGUGGAGAAGUGCGGGAACAGGUACCACGUGAUGGACAACAAGCGGAGCGAGGAUGGCGGGCAGGUCGUCCAGCUGGUGACGCAGGUGGAGGAGAUGCUGGCUGCUUCUCAUCACAUGACAAGAUCAUCCACUGCACACGGUGACACGCUCUGCAGGAAGGACGUACGUUUGAUGCCAAGUGGAGGACAGCAGCUGUCGCAUGACGUGACAUGCAGCGAUUCUUCCACGUGUCCAGUCAGCCAUGCAGCAGAUGAAACACAGGCCGUGCUUCUGGACACAAGGCGGGAAAGAGGACAGACUGAUGUUGCCAUGUGGAACAGAGAGAAUACCACUUCCUGUUUGGUCGCCAUGCCGGGUGCAGGUGCAGACAGGCUGAGGGCAGGAAGCGGCCAGAGGUUAACGGUUAACGUUCCAGGGUGGCUCCACACUCCCAUGAUGCUCCUGGUGUUGCCCCACACUCACCUUGGGAUGCUUCCAGGUGGGAAUACCAGCCUUGAGCGCUCCCUCUGCAGCCAUAGACACCUCCAGUGGGACCACGCCAGCCUGGAGGAGCUGGAGGCCUUCAUUGACACCUACUUUGACCUGCUGUGGGAACAAAUCACGGCCCCGCCUCAGCCAUGUCACUCUGCCCCCACGGUGCACAGCGACCCCGGGGUCGGGGGCGAGCUUCUCUCAUCCAUCGAUCGAAAACUCUCCAAGCUGGACCUCCUGGAGGAGAUCAGGGUGGACCUGGCAGAGGUGAGAAGGAGUUUGGAGCUCAGCUGGACGAUCAUACAGGACCUGAGACGCAAAAGCAAACACAACAACAGCUCACAAUAUUAGGUACACCUGCAAGACCUGAUACAUGUGCUGUGUACAAAAAAAAAGUGCAUCAAUUUAACAAAAUAUUUAUUAUUGUAGUUUGCAGUGGUGCACGACAUCAUACCGAGAGAUGCUCUGAACACUUAGAAUGUUUCCUACACAGCACAAUAAUAAACAUACUGUGGAAUGAAUAACUGAGCAAUACUGACUUUUUGUGACUGGUGUUCACACGCUCAUCCACAAGGAGGAGCUGUUGCACCACCGGGCUACAGCUUUGCACACGCUUGAACAUCAUCCACUGUGGCAGAACAACAUUCUAGAACAGCUGGCCCCACUUUUACAACUAUUACAGCCGUCUCUCAGUCAGUGCGCAACAGAAAAUGGGUGCCUUGCAAAUAACAGGCAGGAAGUGGCCCUCUUAAAGCCACACACUCUAUGAAAUAGCAACGUGUAAAGAUAAUCGGAAUAAAAUCACACUUGAAUAAAAUAUCUUUGUAUCCGACUACUUUACUGUGCAUUAUUUACAAUUGAUGUACUUGUACAAUAUAUAUACAUGUUUCAGCAGGUCCAGACAAUUUUAGAAGAUGAGAUAAUACCACCGGAGGACUAACUAGGCAGACAUUGAAACAGUUUAAAAAGGGUAAACUGAACAAUAUGUUCAUUUCAUGGAUGUGGUGCUGAACAUUGCGAGUUGCUUGUAAUAAAAAAAAAAAUACUAUUUAAUUUUUUUUAUAUACACUUAUUGACAAUUGUUGCUACUGGGUGAAGAAUAUUAUGCAUGUUUUUUAUUUGAAGUUUUAAAAUAGUUUUAGCACAAUUGCUAACUGGGUUUCCCAUAAAAUGACAUGCUUUGGUUUGAAGUACCUUAUAAUAAAGUCAAUAUGAAACUAAUACAUAAUAAAACCCCCAAAAAGUAGCAAAAAGUGAAAAAUGGGUGGAAAAAAACAUUGCACGCUCAUGAUUUUUCAGUGUUGAUGCUCAUUUAAAUACACAAAAAAAUAAAAACUAGAAGGAAGAAUAUUUCUUAACAUUUCCUACAUGCUUUCAUUUUCAUUGCAUGGGUAACGUCCCAAAUCCUUCCUGCUGCUUUCACACGUACGUCAAGAAAACGGUUGACAAGGACAUUUCUCCAGGAUGGUCUGUCUUCAUUGGUACUUCUCUUUGUAUUUCACCCGACUUCCUCACUGGUGUCUUCACUUAUCAUCAUUCCUUCACUCCUGCAGAUGAUCUCAUUCCUAGCUGGCCGCCAUCACAUUGUCACACGCCCCCCCCCCCGCCCGCCCGCCUCAUUAGGGUAGUCCUGCUGCCUGGAGCGAGUGCAGAAGAAAUCAUUCAAUCAUGUCUCCACGGAGG